UACGGAGAGACGCAGAGAGAGAGAGAGAGAGAGAGAGAGAUCCAACCUAAGAAACGGAAAGGUGCGAACAAGCCGUAUGUUUUCUUCUCUUAUUCCACAGCACUCUUAUUGCAAUUCAGAUGUACAGUGGUCCAAACAACUUAAGCGCGCGGAAAUGCUGCGUCAGUGACAGGAAUCGUUAUUUCUGCUCGUGACAUUUUGAGGGUUUAAAAGAGCGGACUUUACCGGAUUUAUCACCUCUUCUAAAGCGAAAGAACAAAAACCCAAACCCACCAACGUUGUGUUUUUAUACUCCUGAGAUGUUUUUUGUCAUAACCCGUUACAUGUAAAGGAUUUGUUUUGCUCGUAUGAGACAGCGCUUAACCCGUCAGAGGAAGUACAGUACUGUACAGCAGGCAGGAAAGAUGCCUGGAUGAGCCGCACUGUGGAUUUAAUGUAACCGAGGAAGAGCGCGAGCUAAGCAUUGUUUCAAGCUAUUCUCCGACUUGUAGGAAUGUUGUAAAAGGAGAAAAGGGAGCAGAGGGACUCAGGAAGAGAGAGAGAGGGGUUUCCAAACGCAGAGGAUAUUAUUAUGGCUUUCCCUGCGCUCUGGCUCGUCGUGUUCGCCUUCACCAACUUGCGCCUGACUCACGGGAACAACCGCCAUGCCGUGUACUGGAACAGCUCCAAUAUCCAUUUACGGAGAGAGGGCUACACUGUGCAGGUCAACGUCAAUGACUACCUGGACAUCUACUGCCCGCACUACAACACAAGCCAGCGGGGGGUGCUAGAGCGUGGUGUGGCUGAGCAGUAUGUACUUUACAUGGUUAGCUACCGUGGCUAUCGCACCUGUGACCCACAGAUGGGCUUCAAGCGUUGGGAAUGCAACCGCCCACACGCACCACACGCACCAAUCAAAUUCUCUGAGAAGUUUCAACGCUACAGUGCCUUCUCACUCGGCUACGAGUUCAACGUGGGCCACGAGUAUUAUUACAUAUCCACACCCACCCAUCACCAUGGCCACAGCUGUUUAAGACUGAGGGUAUUUGUGUGCUGUUCUACACUUUCACAUGCAGGUGAUGAUGCAGACCAAAACCCUCCUGACUACACAGCCAGGCCUAACAUACAUAACAUCGAUGAGUUUAACCACAACAUCCCCAAACUGGAGAAGAGCAUCAGCGGCAGCAGUCCCUCUCGAGAUCGUCUGUUGAUGACCGUUGUGAUGUUGCUCCUGGGUGCCCUUCACAUCUCCUAGCCACUGUCUCCCUUGUGACUUUUCAGACCUACUAGUAGACCUAAUAGGGAAAUAUAGCAGUAGAUCUAUUACACCCAAACAGUGGCCUUGGGGCCGAGGGCUAGAUAAUGAGGAAUGAGACAAAAAUGCCCUCAAGUGAAUGGAUGGAUGAUCAAAUAUCAGAAUGGUGAUAUGUGAACUUGCCUUUUUGAUGGAACAUCAGCUACUAUCUUCUCCUUGGGAUAUAAAAGAUGAAGACCUUGAAUGGAAUAUUGAAGUAUUUCUUGUGUAAUUAUAUAUAUAACUACAUCUGGAUUCUAGUAGGCUCUGUGCAUCUCACACUGCUUAUAAAGUCUGUAAAGUGGACUUUGUUGGACAGUCUCAAAAACAUACUGCAACAAUGAAACUACUGGAUGCAUCAGUUACCAGGUUGGUGAUGAAGGUCAAAUAGAUCCUCUACAGGAUUGUAUCCAGCUGUUAGAGGUAGUCGAGGUGCAAGUCUUCCAAGACUUGGUACUUUGAGCCAAUCGUGUUCCGAGUGCAAUGGAACAAGAAGAAUUCUGCUUGCUCAUGAAUUUGCCAAAAUUUAAAAUAUUGAUUAGAAACAGUGUGAAGAUGGUCAUCAGAUUCUAAGCUAACGUCGGUAAUGAUGACAUUCUUGACCUUUUCAGGUUAAAAGCUAAAGUCAGACAUGCUGAUCUUAGCUCAGCACCCAGAGCUAAUGUUCAAUUAUAUUCCCACAUGUGACUCCACUGUCUGCAUUCUCUUUCUACCUGACCUUACACGUCAUACUUCACAUAAGGUCUACAGUGAAUGGGAAGCAAAUGAUACUUAUUGAUAAAUAAAUGAACCUCUUUACAGGUGAUUUCCUGUAAUGUUUUACCACCCAGGAAAUAACCGUGUGUAAUAUACCGUGCCUGAGAAGGUGUGUCACUGUUUAGCAUAGCAACCAUUUUGUAAAAGGACGUGAGUUGUAAACUGCAUCAGCAUUUUAUAUGAAAGAAUUGCAGUUUGGAAAUAUGCUUUACUGUACAGUUUACAUUUAGUAAUAGCUUUGCGUGUCAUUGGUGCUUUAUUUAUUGAUCUACAGUAUUUACUUAUUAGGUGAGUGUAACAUGGCUGACUUCUCAAGGUUGUUGUGCGAAUCGAUAUACAAUGGAUCGGAAAGCAAGAUCCAACCAUUUAGUAGGAUGGAAAUCAAAGAAACUGUGGGAAAUUUUGUGAAAGGCUGUUUCUUCAGUGUUUCUCCCAAAGGGAAUUUAUGACAUAUUCUUUUUUUAUAUAUAUAUUAUUUUGCUAUGUGUGUCUUUUUCCCCCCUAGGUGACAUGUAUAGAAGUGUGCCAGCUACUUCAGAUAAUCAUUGUGAAACCAUAUACCAGCCAGCCAUAACAUUAACAUAACCAGCUGCCUAAUAUUGUGCAGGUCCCACUUGUGCCACCAAAACAACUCUGACUCAUUGAGGCAUGGACUACACAAGACCUCUGAAGGUGUGCUGUGGUUUCUGGCACCAAGACGUGAGCAGCAGAUCCUUUAAGUCGUGUAAGUUGCGAGGUGGGGCCCCCAUGGAUCGGACUUGCUUGUCCAGCACAUCCCACAGAUGCUCGAUCGGAUUGAGAUCUGGGGAAUUUGGAGGCCAAGUCAACACCUUGAACUCUUUGUCAUGUUCCUCAAACCAUUCCUGAAUAUUUUUUGCAGUGUGUCAGGGUGCAUUGUCCUGCUGAAAGAAGCCACUGCCAUUAGGGAACACCGUUGCCAUGAAGAGGUGUACACAAGCAAGAAGCUCCCCGGGUGUACUUGGUCUGCAACAAUGUUUAGGUAGGUGGUACGUGUCAAAGUAACAUCCACAUGAAUGCCAGGACCCAAGGUUUCCCAGCUGAACAUCACACUCCCUCCACCAGCUUGCCUUCUUCCCAUCGUGCAUCCUGGUUCCAUCUCUUCCCCAGGUAAGCGAUGCAGGUGCACCAGGCCAUCCACAUGAUGUAAAAGAAAAUGUGAUUCAUCUGACCAGGCCACCUUCUUGCACUGCUCCAUGGUCCAGUUCUGAUGCUCACGCGCCCAUUGUUUCUGAGGUGGACAGGGGUCAGCAUGGAUACUCUGACCAGUCUGCAGCUAUGCAGUUCCAUAAGCAGAAAAUGCAGUGUGUGUUCUGACACCUUGCUAUCAGAGCCAGCAUUAACUUUUUCAGCAAUUUGUGCUACAUUAGCUCUCCUGUGGGAUCGGACCAGACGGUCUAGCCUUUGUUCUCCACGUGCAUCAUGACCCUGUUGCCGGUUCACCAGUUAUCCUUCCUUGUACCAAUUUUGGUAGGUACUAACCACUGCAUACCAGGAACACCCCACAAGACCUGCCAAUUUGGAGAUGCUCUGACCCGGUCGUCUAGCCAUCACAUUUUGGCCCUUGUCAAAGUCACUCAGAUCCUUACGAUUACCCAUUUUUCCUGCUUACAACACAUCAACUUCAAGAACUAACUGUUCACUUACUGCCUAAUAUAUCCCAUCCCUUGACAGGUGUCACUGUAAUGAGAUAAUCAGUGUUAUUCACGUCACCUUUCAGUGGUUUUAAUGUCAUGGCUGAUCGAUAUAUGUCAGAAUUGGGAAACAGUUGGGUUUUAAAAGAGGCCAUUUAGUCAUUUUGCUGCACUAAUAUUCUUAUAUACAAGUUUAAGAGCUUGGCAAGAAUGUAUUUAAAUAUGUGUAUGUGUGUUACAAGCGUGCAUCUUAUGGGGAAUGUUGCAAGUGGGUGUGUGCAUUUUAGGAUUUUCAUAUUUGUUUAGGUACACAUUUGUAACUUUUCAAUAUGCAAGUAUGUGAGACACUGGGGCAGUUUUGUGGAAGAUUACACUGACAGUGUUUAUUGUUGGAAACAAUAGUGCCAGUCAUGUUUAGAAUGACUAAAACAUGUCAAGAAUUCAUGAAUGACAAGAAAAAAAUAAAACACAAUAAACCAUUGUACCUUAAA